AUGGCUUAUGAACCACCAUUCCUCGAGACCUACAAGACCCUUGUGCAACAACACUUAGGGGAUUCAAGGAAUGAGUUCAUAGUAGAGAGAUGUGAUAUACCUUUGAUCGACCUUGGCCGGUUAAGUCUUGAGAGAGAAGAAUGCAUGAGGGAAAUUGCAGAAGCUGCAAGAGAAUGGGGUUUCUUUCAAGUUGUUAAUCAUGGAAUUUCACAUGAGCUUCUGAAGAGCCUGCAAAUUGAGCAAAAGAAAGUGUUCUAUCAACCCUUUCUGAACAAGUCAUCAACACAAGGCAAAGCUUACAGGUGGGGGAAUCCAUUUGCUACCAAUCUGAGACAGCUGUCAUGGUCAGAAGCCUUUCAUUUCUAUCUGACAGACAUCUCAAGGAUGGACCAGCAUGAAACUCUGAGAUCAAGCCUUGAAGUUUUUGCAAUAACAAUGUUUUCCCUUGCCCAAAGCUUGGCGGAAAUACUAGUUUGCAAAUUGAAUACGAAAUCCAACUAUUUCCGAGAGCAUUGCUUGCCAAAAAGUUCUUUCAUUCGACUGAAUAGAUACCCUCAAUGCCCCAUAUCAUCAAAGGUGCAUGGCUUGUUGCCUCACAGUGACACUAGUUUUCUUACCAUUGUACAUCAAGACCAGGUUGGGGGAUUGCAAUUGCUGAAAGAUGGAAAAUGGGUUGGUGUCAAGCCUAAUCCACAUGCCCUGGUGGUUAAUAUUGGUGACUUAUUUCAGGCAUUGAGUAAUGGUGUUUAUAAAAGCAUAAAACACAGAGUGGUUGCUGCUGAGAAAGUAGAGAGGUUUUCUAUGGCAUUUUUCUAUUCCCCCUCUGAGGAGGCAAUUAUACAAAGCCAAAUCAAGCCACCUAUCUACAGAAAAUUCACUUUGAGGGAGUAUAGACAACAAACAGAGAAAGAUGUCAAGCAAACCGGGGAUAAAGUGGGGCUCUCUAGAUUUCUUCUGUAGAAGUAUAUACGUACUUUUAUGUAGAGUUUAUGUUUAUAAGUUGUUAACGUCUGUUUAAUCAAGUGUUGAUGAAUAUUUCCUUAAAUAAAAGUUUUUAGU